AUGGCUAGACCCAGCAACAAAACUAUUUACCAACAACGGAAAGAAUACUCUCAGGCCAUGGCUUCAGAACCUAUCAUCUUAAAGCAACGAGUGGAGCACCUGUUGACCUGUAAGCUCGGCUCAGGAACUCUCCGGGAACCUAAGGAUGUAAUCACGAAGCUUCAGAUGAUGGACGCCCAAGGUCAAGUGUGGGGCCAGGAUGUAGUCCUGCAGGUCAAAGACCACUGGCUUCAGAUCCUGGAUAUUGAGACCAGGGAAGAGAUGGAUUGCUACCCCUUAGAGAACAUCCAAUCUCUGGAUGCCAUAUUAAAUAGCUGUUCCUACAAUUCAGUUCUAUUAAUCAUGCUUCAGGAGCUGGGCCAGUCUUUGACCAAUAUCCUAUUAUUCCAGUGCUGGGAAGCUGGGGUGAGCAGCCUGAGUUGGGGGGAAGGCUGGAAAGCUGAGAUCCUGAGGAAUAACCUACAGAAGGCUAUUAAUGAAUUGAAAGAAAGACGAGAACCAAGAUACAGAUUUGGGAGUCGCCAACUCAAAGAGCAUAAGUUGGAGGCAGAUCCCCAGGAGAGGUAUCCCAGGAACUCCAUCGAACACAGACUCCCUGCCUCAUACCAGUCUAAUACCCAGAAACCACAGAGAUUUGACCAGUUUUCCCCACAGAAGACACAGGAUGAGAUCCCCCUGGACCUGGAGGAAGACAUGGAGGAGCUAAACAACACCCUGAGUAAAAUCGAGCAGUUUGUGGAGAUGACAAAGGUGGCACCGAAAAAUAAUACCAAGAAGAAUAUUUUGGGGAAGAAGAAGACCCAAAAAGGAUUUCUCUCAGAACUCAAAUACAUAGAGUGUUUCCAGAUGAUCAAGCAUGCACUCAAUCUAGUGGGGAAGCUGGAGCGCCACAUAGAUCAGCCAAGUGCUCCUGUUUUUGUACACAACCUCUUCAAAGCUUUGACCAUGGUGAUCACCAACUGUCCCAAUCCUCAUUGGGCAGCUUCAGUAGAUGUUCCCCAGUUAACUCCCAAGGCCAUUGCCCUACUGGAAUCUUGUCUGCAACCAAAUGAAAUGGAUUUAUGGAAAAGUCUGGGAGAGUUCUGGACCACUAGCACGGUUUAUGGGGCAGACCAAGAGUCCACAAAUCCUACACACACACCCAAAUUCUACAGACAAACUGAAUCUUCAGAAUAUCCCAUGGUCAAUCACCAGCACAACCCAGCCAAGGACCAGGAACGCAUGUCACCCAGACCCAGCCUAUCCCAGAAGCCUCUACUAAUGCAAGUCCAGUAUGAGUUUGAAAGCAGGAAUUCCAAGGAGCUGACAGUGGUCGCUGGUGAGGUGCUAGAGGUUCUGGACCAAAGCAGACAAUGGUGGCUAGUGCAAAAUGAAGCUGGACGAAGAGGCUACAUUCCUAACAACAUCCUAGAACCCCUGCCACCAGGCCUGCAAAUGAACAGGGUCCACUCCAGCUCCCCAACUCGGGGUCCCAUCCUACGGCCCAGCUCCAAACCUCAGGAGGUGAUGGAUUGGCUGCAAGCACAAAACUUCUCACCCAUCACCGUUAAGAGCUUGGGAGUGCUAACAGGAAACCAGCUUUUACACAUGCAACCCCGGGAGUUGCGGCUGGUAUGUCCAGAGGAUGCCCCCCAAAUCCAGGCCCGGCUAGAAGAAAUGAAGAUGCUGUUAGGGGUGAGGCAGAUCUGAACCCCCACUUUCUGAAUUUGGGCCCCUAUUGAACAUUGGGGAUGGUCAAGGGAAGGGGGUGAAGAGUCCAGUCACACCUGUGUGACUACAAGGGUUUGGGGGUACACUCGCUGAUUCUGGCAGGAGGGCCCUUGGUGUCAGUUGCUUUGGGCAUCUGAGUAGUUACUCCCAAAUCCAGGGUAAUUAAAUCUACAAUUCCUUGAUCCACUGCAUCCUGAACUCAAUCUUCUUCC